GACUGCAACACUAAACUAGCAUUCUUCAUUUGAAGCAUAUGUUGAAAUCAACUGACUCCAAAACUUCCAGCAACUUAGAGCACAUAUGUUAACUUAAUUUGGUGAAUCAAAGUUUUCUUUGUCAAUUGCAUAAUUAUUAUCUCUUUUGCACUUGGAACUAAGAUCCAUGUUAGUUAAAUCCUUUCUCUUUGCAAAACAUAUAUACACAAAUGGAAUUCAUUUUUGGUUGCAGGCAUGGAACUACUUUUCCCUUGUAAUAACAUAUACACCAUUGGCCUUGAAACACCAAACAGAGCCUCAUCUAAGAAUCAAGCAAUAGCAGAGGAAUGGAAUGAAAGUAGCUUCCCCAAGCGAAAGAUGAUUCUGAAUGUUCUUGGAGGUGCUCAGUUUUAAUCAAUUAGGAACAUACCUUGUAUCUCUCAUUUGUUACUUUGAAGGAAAACUGUUGCAGGUAAAAACCAAACCAAAGUUCAUACUAGUUAUACUUCAUUUAAAGGGCAUAUGCAUUUUCAAUUCCUUGGCAUCAACUACAUAAUUUUAUAGAUUCGAAUUCUGGUAUACGAUCUCUGUUUGUUUCUCAUCAUUAAUUUUUAUUACUAUGUAUCAUUUGUUACUUCAGUUGAAUUAUAUCUGAUUCAGAAGAUUUUGUUCAAGUGUUUAAAUUUAAGAAACAUAUAUCACUCCCAACGCAGCUAAGAUUACUUCUUUUGAAAUUCAGAUAUGUAGAAGCAUUCCACCCACCAAGACGUGGAUAUGAGGAACAAGUUCAAGCUGAUUUAAUAGUAAGUUGCUCAGCUUGAAAGAUUAUGCAAAUCCUAGAUUAAUCUUUAACUUCAAGUUAAUAGGAAAGUUAACAAUGAUGAGAAGGGUUGGUUUCGCGCCACGUGUCAUUGCCUAUGAGUCGGAGCUUUACGGCGCCGUUUUGUUUUGAUUAGCUGUCGUUGAUCUGACGGCUGUAUUUUAUCGGGAAAAUUGUAAAUACGGCUGUGUUUUAUUGGCAAAAUUGUAAAGAAGGAUAGUGAGUUGGUUGCAAUUUCCAAUCGUGGACACAAAAUUAUGUUGUUUUCGAAAAAAUAUAGAACUAUUCAUUUU